ACUUAUCUUAAAUCAUUAGUUCAUUUAGCAUAAAAUUCUGAUUUCCUGAAAGCCCAGUUGGUAUGUGGUUGCGUGCAGUUAUUUUAUUUAUACUUUGCUACUUGCCGCCUUUGAUUUAAGACUAAGAGCUUCAACAUGUACAAGAAAGUAGAUUUGUUCUCUUUACUCAAUAUUAAUGUUUCGGAGUUUCAGUCAGUGGACAAUGUUACCAGAGGUAACCCAAGAGCAGAAGAACUUGCCCACCCCUACAUCUUCACAAUCUGUCUCUUCAUCACGGGAAUAGUUGCUACCCUAGCGAACCUCGUCCUGAUAUUCACAUUCUUCGUGAAGAGACGACUCAAACAUCUCCACAACGUUUACAUCACUAAUCUCACUAUUAAUGACCUGAUUCUUGGUAUCGUCACUUUUGUAGCCGCUGCUUUAAGUCUAGCGCCAGAUAAGAAGGCAUUACCAAUAACAAUCUGUCACGUGACGAGUUCCCUAGACCACUAUUCGGUCACGUGCUCUGUCUUCACUCUAGCGCUGUGUGCUCUUGACAGGUACAUAUUCGUGGUAAACCCUCGGAGGUACAGGGAAGGUCAACUCUCCCUUCAAAGGUCGUUAUGGAUACUCAGUGGAACUUGGAUAACGUCCUUUGUAAUGAGCAUGGUACCUCAGUUUGGUUGGGGACUUCCUGGACUCUCAUUUGUCACUAGCAGGUGUCCAUUUUACAAGAUAGGAGAAACUGUAUAUCCGCUGAUAGAUAUACUCAUAACACUACCAUUACCACUGGUUCCCAUCAUUACUCUUUACGCCAAAACUUACAUUGUAGCUCUGAGAACAGAAACUGAUAAAGAUAUCGUCAACGACCGGUUAAAUAGAACCAAGAGUUGCUACAUGUUUACUUUAGUAACAUUGAUCUACCUUUGGUCAACAGCUGGGGCCUACGCUUACUCUAUCAGAGCUUGGUUCACUGGGGAUUUGCCUCACACAUUGCACUUUGCCAUCGUCAAGAUUUGGAGCAGCAAUGAGACCGGUGAUAUUCAUAUCUCUGGACUGGGAGUGCAGGUUCACAAUAAUGAGCAUGAUACCGAGGAUAAGCCAAAUUAG